GUUCUUUCACACGAAAAUGGCAUAGUGAAGUUCAAGCGGUUCAUCUCUUACACUUUCAACGAGACAGAAUCUUGUCUGACUUGUAUCCUAGGAAAUCGGAUAUGGAUUCCUAAUAUGAUCUAUCAGAAAUUCGUUGAAGCUGCAUCAACUGUAGGAAUGCGUGCGGCCGCAACGACACUUCUGUCGCAAACCGCUUUUCUUGAGGUCGAAGUGGGAGAAUUCCUCUUCGAGGGAUAUAAGGACCCGUUUCUCGAUAAGGUAUGCGAAAUUCCCUUCAUGAAUUUUGUCUGCGAUUCAAUUCUUGAUCUGCCCGAUCGGAUUGGAAUGUUCUAUGAGGCGAACAAUACGGCUGAUGGCGUCUAUGAGAUACAUGAUGGAGUGGAAAACCCAGAGGAUCUUGGCAGGAUUGAGACAUGGAAUGGCAAGAAAUCCGUAUGCGAAAUUCCCUUCAUGAAUUUUGUCUGCGAUUCAAUUCUUGAUCUGCCCGAUCGGAUUGGAAUGUUCUAUGAGGCGAACAAUACGGCUGAUGGCGUCUAUGAGAUACAUGAUGGAGUGGAAAACCCAGAGGAUCUUGGCAGGAUUGAGACAUGGAAUGGCAAGAAAUCCGUCGAUCACUCCUGGUAUAGCUCCUGCUUUUUUUGA